AUGGCCCUGGCGAGUUCCCUGUCCGGCCAGGGUCAGGCGGUGCCACCGCACUCCAGGAGCAAUCCCGCCGCAAACCUGGGAGCGCCCCUGAGCAAGCUGGACUUCUUCUGCAAGCUGGGCUACGGGAAGCAGGAUGUCUGCAAAGUGCUCCAGAGCCUGGGCCAAGAGGCUCUGGAGGAUGACGUGCUGAAGGAGCUGAUCCGGAUGGGCAGCAAACCCCAAGCUCCGGAGAGCCGGGUGCAGCCUGCGCCGCUGAGGCUGGUGGCCCGGGGAUCAGGGAGCACCCCGGAUGUGCCACCGUGGCUCCACGAGGAUGGAGACGACUCCUCUGGUCACCUGAGACCCAUCGUGAUCGACGGCAGCAACGUUGCAAUGAGCCAUGGAAACAAAGAGGUCUUCUCCUGCUGGGGCAUCCGCCUGGCCGUGGACUGGUUCCGGCAGAGGGGACACACGUACAUCAAGGUUUUCGUUCCCUCCUGGAGGAAGGAACCCCCUCGACAGGACAGUCCCAUCGCAGAUCAGCACAUUCUCGCGGAGCUGGAGAAGCAGUCCGUGCUCGUGUAUACGCCCUCGCGGAAGGUGAAGGGCAAGCGGAUCAUCUGCUACGACGACCGCUACAUAGUCAAGGUGGCCUACGAGAAGGAUGGAGUCAUCGUCUCCAACGACCACUACCGCGACCUCCAGAAUGAAAACCCCGAGUGGAAGUGGUUCAUUGAGCAGCGCCUGCUCAUGUACUCUUUUGUCAGCAACAGGUUUAUGCCUCCUGAUGACCCACUAGGCCGUCAUGGACCCACUCUCAAUAAUUUCCUCAGCAAAAAGCCAGUGCCUCCUGAACCAAAAUGGCAACCCUGCCCCUAUGGAAAAAAAUGCACCUACGGCAACAAAUGCAAGUUUUAUCACCCAGAACGACCCCAUCAAGGUCAACUGACAGUUGCUGAUGAGCUGAGAGCCAAAAUUAAGGUCUCCUUCAGCCUGGCGAAAGAGGAAGAGAAUCCCCGUUGCGGGCCUGGAGGGGAGACGGCCCCUCUCGGCGCCUGCCUGGCGCUGCCGCCGCCUUCCCGCUGCACAUGCAAAGGCCAGCAAACUUCUCACAUGUCCGGAGCAGAGGCCGCAUGCCGCUGGAGCUCACAGACACCCGAGCCCGGCCCGCAGCUGGUUCCCCAGCGCCUCGCCAGCCACGGCGACUCCAGCCGGCCCCGCCACCCUGCCCGUGCGUCGGCAGCGCGGGAGCCCGAGCACAGGCCUUGCCGAGGCUCCCCCGGGCGCUGCCGCGAGCCCGCCGGUUCCACCGCCCUGCCUUCCUCCGGCCUGUGCUAA